CGAGCAGUAUUUAGUUAGUAAAAGCAAAACAAAUCACGAAAUGCCCAAACCAAAGGCAAAAGCGAAGCCAAAAUCAAAAGCGGCGGCAGCAGCCGCAUCAAAAAGGGAGGCGACCAAGAACAACAAUGCCGUUUCGGCCGAAAAGGAAAACGAAAUGGAGAUCAGUGAUCCGACCUCCGUUCCCAUCCGGGAACAAUGCAGAGGAGGCGCGGAAUCCAUGUACACAAUAAUGCGUCACGCGGAACUCAAGGAGUCACUCCACAAGCGCUACGAAAAGGAGCUGCAGCAACUGUACUCGAGGAUGGGCCACCAAGAGUUUCUGAACACAUUCAUCAAUGUGCUGAAGACUGUACUCGAGGCGGAGGAGAGCAACGAGAACGGUAACAAGGCCCUGUCCUUUUGCGCGAAAUUCGUGACCAGCUUCGAGUCGGAGAAGACGCACCCCAUGAUGACUGAAACAUUCCACUGGCUGUUGACUACAUAUUCCAGCAGUCCGCACGUUCGCUAUCGGAUUUGCUACUUUGUGAAUCUGAUACCUGAGAAACUGGGACCUGCAUGGGCCGCAACUACAUCACGGUGCCCUACAUACUGCAGCGUCUGUGGGACGUGGACGAGAAGGUGCGCCGCCAUACGUACGUCAACAUGUGCAACUAUCCAGUGCGCGCCUACAGGGUGGCGCAGCGCCUGACCCUCCUGGAGCAAGGUCUG